AUGAUUUCCACAGCAGCUUCACCAAUCCCAUUUUCAGCAAAAACCCAGCUAAAGUUCCACAGAACCCAUGACACCCUUAACGUAAAUCCUCAAAUUAGGCGACUGAAAUUCACUAUUCGAUGUUCUUCUUCUACAAGUUUGAGAGAGAAAUCUGAAGAAAAGUCAUCUUCUUCAGCCGAUGAGUUGAAGGGGGGCAAAGAUGGGGAGUUUUUGAAGAGUGAAAAGGGUGAUUUGGUUGAUUUCCUCCCGCCCAUAAAGGUUGCAAAGAGGGUGGUGCUGGUGAGGCAUGGGCAGAGUACUUGGAAUGCAGAGGGUCGGAUUCAGGGCAGCUCCGAUUUUUCGAUUCUGACCCAAAAAGGGGAGGCUCAGGCUGAAACUUCUCGCCAAAUGCUUAUGGAUGACUCUUUUGAUGUCUGCUUCUCAAGCCCACUGAUUCGGUCAAAGAGGACGGCUGAGAUCAUAUGGGAUGCUCGAAAGGAAGAGAUAAUCACUGAUGCCGAUCUGCGAGAAAUCGAUCUUUACUCUUUCCAGGGCCUCCUGAAACAUGAAGGAAAAGCUAAAUAUGGAUCAGCAUAUCGUCAGUGGCAGAUAGAUGCUGCGAAUUUCAUUAUAGAUGGUCAUUAUCCUGUAAGAGAGCUGUGGGAACGUGCUAGAAACUGUUGGAGUAGAAUUCUCACUCAUGAAAGCAAGUCUGUACUAGUUGUUGCUCACAAUGCUGUUAAUCAAGCACUUGUUGCCACAGCCAUUGGACUUGGCACUGAGUACUUCCGGAUUUUACUUCAAAGCAAUUGCGGUGUUAGUGUCUUGGACUUUACUCCACAACCUGAGGGUGGAUCACCUAGUAUAUGUUUGAAUCGUCUAAAUCAGACCCCGAAUUCACCUAUUGCUGCUGGUAGCUCUGCGGGUCGGAAAGCCAGUACGCGAAUCAUACUUGUCUGUCAUGGGAUCUCUCAGAGUGUUGCAGAGGAUUCCAUUCCACAUUCUGGUGAUGGUUCAAUGAAUAUGCUUGGUAUAAUACAGGCACAGAAAACUGCAGAGCUGCUUCUUGAUCUGAAGUUAAAAACUGUAGUCAGCAGCCCUAAGAUUGCAUCAACAGAGACAGCUAAUACCAUUUGUAGAGUUCAAGAAGCUGCUGAUUGCCUUGGUGCAGACUGUGUGCCACGGUAUGUUGAAAUGAAGGAAAUAGGUGACCUUGAUAUUGAACACAUCCUUAGAAAAUCGAAGAAGGAUGCGCCAGCGCUUCAAGCUUUUCAGCCUGGCUGGUUGGAUGGAUUCGAUAAAGAAGUUACAACAUCACUAUGGAGUCAAUCAGGGAAGGCCUGGAAAUGUUUGUUGGCUGAACUCGCUGCAGGUUCAGAGGAGGAAAAUGUUCUAGUAGCUGUAGGCCAUCCUGCACUUCACAUUGCAAUGUUGGGACACUGCUUGAACUUGACAGAGGAAUGGAUAGGCACAUUUCAUCUGGAUGCAGGCAGCAUAAGCGUCGUUGAUUUUCCAGAUGGAGCGACAGGUCGAGGUAUUAUUCGUUGCAUAAAUUACACAGCUCAUUUAGGAAGGUGGUCGAUUCCCAUCACAAGGCCAACCUCAGAUGAUGAGAAUUUUUAA